AUGGUGGCGUUGCAACUUAUUUGGUCGCUGUUAGCGUUCUGUGACAUUGUUUAUGCCGCUUCCACGAUUACGAUCCCCACCACAUCGGUUACAACGUCGUAUCUAUGUGCACAAUGCAGCACGCUGACUGUGUUUUCGAGCUUGACUUCGACGUCCUCGGUGUCGAUUGUCAGCUCUAUUUCCAGCACAUCCACAUCGGUUUCCAGCUCCAGUUCUCCAGAAACAACAACUAUUCCAUCGACAAUUGUUUCUACAGCUUUUGUAUGUGGAAGUUGCACGAUAAGUGUGGUAAUUUCAACUGAAAGUUCGUUGCCGCCUCAGACAACAACAGAAACCGAGACUUCUUGCCCUGGACCAUGUACCUUGAGUACUUCAAGCACUACUUCAAGCACUACUUCAAGCACUACUUCAAGCACAACGAGCACUUCAAGCAUUACUUCGAGUAGUACUACCAGCAGCUCUACGAGCAGUUCGAGUAGCACUUUAAGCAGUAGUUCAAGUACUAGUUCCAGCACUAGUUCCAGCACUAGUUCCAGCACUAGUUCCAGAACUAUUUCCAGCGCUAGUUCCAGCACGAUUUCAAGCACGAUUUUAAGCACUAGUUCAGUUACUACUUCCACUACUAGUUCAAGCAUGAGUUCCAGCACUAGUUCCAGUACUAUUUCCAGCACUAGCUCAAGGACUAGCCCCAGUACUACUUUAAGCUCUACUUCAAGCGGCACUACCAUCACGUUAAGCAGUAGUUCAAGCACUAGCUCGAGUCACGCUACCAGCAGUACGACAAGCGAUUCGAGUAGCAGUUCGAGUAGCACUUUGAGUACUUCAAGCAGUUCUUUAAGCAGUACAACUACAAGCAGCUCAAGCACUACCAGUACGGACACUAGUUCAAGCAGUUUGUUGAGCACUCCUACAACAAGUCAUUCAACUAGCACCACAAGCACUUCUUUGAGCAGAACCUCAAGUAGCGUUUCGAGCAUUAGUUCAAGCACUUCUGCUAGCACUUCGGCGAGCACAUUUUCCAGCAGCACGACAAGCAGCAACUUGAGUAGCAGCACUUUGAGCACCUCUUCGAGCACUUCUUCGAGCACCACUACAAGCACGACGAAAGGUUUUACGAGCGGUACAACGUCGAGCGUUUCCACCAGCCCAAUCACGUCUAGUACAGCCACCUCUUCUACGACUUCCGAUUCCUCGAGAACCACUUCGAGAAGCACACUGGUCAUUACAUCUGAAUCUUGCGAGACUUUUUGCACUCCAAAUAGUACCGACAGCACGUCAAGCAGCACUUCAAGCACGUCAAGCACUACUUCUAGUAUUUCAAGUGCCUCAAGCAGCAGCUUGAGUAUUUCAAGCACGUCAGGCAGCACUUUAAGCACGUUGAGCACCACUUUGAGUGUUUCGAGUACUUCAAGCAGCAGUUCGAGUGCUUCGAGCACCCCAGGCAGCACUUUUAGCACGUCAAGCACUACUUUGAGUACUUCGAGUGCCCCGAGCAGCAUUUCAAGUACGUUGUCGACGUCUUUGACCACGGAUAGUACUCCUGGCACUCCUGGCACUCCAAGCACUUUAUUGAGCUCUUUGAGCACUUUAAGCACGAGUUUGAAUACGUCGUCGACGCCUUCGAUCACAGAUGUUACGUCUAGCACUACUUUGAGUACUUUGAGUGUUUCAAGCAGCACUUUGAGUACGUCUAGCAUCCCAAGCACCACUUUGAGCUCGUCUAGCAUCCCAAGCACCACUUUGAGCACGUCUAGCAUCCCAAGCACCACUUUGAGCACGUCUAGCAUCCCAAGCACCACUUUGAGCACGUCUAGCAUCCCAAUCACCACUGUGAGCACGUCUAGCAUCCCAAUCACCACUGUGAGCACGUCAAACACCCCAGACACCACUGUGAGCACGUCAAACACCCCAGACACCACUGUGAGCACGUCGAACACCCCAGACACCAAUUCGACCUCGUUGUCAACGCCAGCCACCUCUCAGAGCACAAUGAGUAGUUUUCCCGGCUCCGGUUCUACCGCUACAGUCUCAAGUUCUGUGAUUAACAGUUCAAGAGCGAGCACGAGACUUUUGGUGUCAAGUUCUGCUGUCUCGGCUUAUAGUACUCAAAAUACAACUGUUCCGGAGGCUAGCUUUACCACACAAUCUUCUUUCACAUCUGCCGCUCCUAGGGAUUUCCCACCUUCAUCGAGCGCAUUUACGGUGCUAUAUUCUGCAGCUGCUCACGGUGUAAGAGUCCCACUUAUUUUCAGAAUUGCCUUGCUUAUGUUGCGUUGA